AAACAAGACUACUCACUUGUCAUAGUUAAGUCCCUUACAAGAUGGCUGCUCCCAUGAACGUAAAUGCGAAUGUAUGAAAUUUAUGAUGGGUAUCAAGAAAUAGAACAAAUAAUUUUUAAAAUGAGAACUUGACUCUAAAAAGACUGAUGUUUAAUAAAGUUUAAUUACUGCAUUUAAAAUGGAGAUUGUAAGAUCUCAAGUGAGAAAAAUAUCAGUGAACCAUAUUUUCUUUGUAUGUUUGUGUGGUGUAAUUGCUUACUUAUUUAGAGCAAGUGAUUCAUAUAAUUUAAAACCUGUCUGGCGAAAACGAGUAGAAACACAGCAUUUUGCGAAUGGACGUUUUCCAACUGAAGAGGAUUCCUUACCCGUACCAAUAAUUACAGAUUUAGAAGGUGACGGUGUCAAUGAAAUUGUUAUGAUAACAAAUGAUCUCAAAUUAAGCAUCAUGGCACUUCCAGAUAAUAAAAGUUCCACAGCUCAAGUUCUGCCUCAUGUACAAAUUAAACAUAGAGUAAAAUUACCUAUAUCAAGUCAUCAUUCUAAAUCUAGUCAACCUGUUGUUAUGACAACCGGUUUUACAACACCUUAUUUAUCUAUGAUGCAAAUACGAAAACAAAUUAUUGUUAUAGUAACCAGUGAUUGGCAGGUAUUAUGUUAUUCAUCCAAACUUGAAUUAUUAUGGAAAACAAAGGUAAUGGAUGUAGCACAAGAUUUAAAGAUGUAUAAAAUCAAAGCUAUGGGUGUGUUAGUCACAUCUCAUUCGCUUUCCAAGAAUGAUGAAGGAUUAGUUAUUGUUGGUGGAAGUUUUUCUCAUUUAUUACACCAGAAACCAGUCCAUUCCGAUGGGGAACAUGCAAACCAUACAACAGAAAGUGAAAGUUUGUCUCACUUUUCAACAUUUGCUUUAAGUGGAUUAAAUGGUUCUGUAAGAUGGCACCAUUUACCUGGUGAUUUUGGUGAAGAAAAACAGGAUAUAGAGAACAAUACAGAGGAACAUCACUGGAAAUUAGGAUUAAGAAGAAAUCGAUUACAUGUUGGUGAAUCACCAUGGACUGCUUAUAAAAAUACAAUAUUACAGUUUAUGCCUCAUAGUUGGAGUGACUAUACAGAUACUUCAUUUACACUAGCAAGAUUUCAAAAAGACUCGCGUAAAGCAGAAUAUUUUGAGGAGAGUGAUAAAAUGAAAGAGUCACAAAAUGUUCUUUCACCAGAACAUAUAGUUGGAUAUGCAUAUGGUGGACAACGUCCACACAAUGAUCACGAACAUGUGGUCAAUCCAAAUGCUGUUGUAAUGCAUAAUCACAAUGGUAUCGAAGUUUUAGACCUCUUAACAGGUCGACCUAUAACCAGGUUUCAAGUGUUACAAGAUAAAUCUAUUUUUAUGGAUAUUGACAAUGAUGAUGAGGCUGAAAGAAUCACAUGGGGACAAUUUCCUGAUCACACGGCCUGUUAUAUAGAAAUAUGGAGACAAAAACCAGUUUAUGAAAAAUUAGAACAAAUCCCUGUCUGCACCACUAAGCGUUUAGUAUGGACGAGAUCGUGGAGUCUAGAAGAAGACUUUUAUAAAAAGCUUACGCCCAUUAUUAAGAAGGGAGUGGCAAAGAAGAGAGGAAUAAUACGUCAUCUAAUGGGGCACCAUCUAUCGGGAGAUAACGAUUAUGACAUUUUAUCGUUUACCAGUCUUGGAAGAAUAUCAGCACUUGAUUUUGAAGGAAAUUAUCAUUGGCAGAGUCAGACAAUUGCAUCCUGGGCUGAUAUAGCAACACCUGUUAGAAGAUCUAAAGAUACUGGUGGAGAAAUAGCAGAACAAUUCCACAAAUCAUUUCAUCCAAGUCGUGUUCUGAUGUCAGUCCGAGUAUCCGGAAAAGAGGAUGCCGUAGCUAUAGUAGGAUGGCAUGGUGUGUCUAUUGUAGAUUUAACAGAAGGCUAUGUUUUAGCAGAACAUUCGAUACCAGCACCAUCAACAGGUUUAAUAACAACUGGUGAUUUUAAUAAUGAUGGUCUCACUGAUAUUAUAGUUACUUGUAAAAUGGGGUAUAUUGGUUUUGAGUUGAAUAAAGAAACUAAUCAUCUUUACACUCUCAUGUAUGCAGCGGCAGUUUUAUUAUCUAUAUUAUUUACAACAUGGUGUCUAUCAUCGGAUAAUUAUAAAGAAGAUGAGGAUGAUUGAAAGAUUUAAGAACAAAAGCGUUAUUUAUUUAAAUGUUGCCAUAGUAACAUCAACAUGAGUAACAACUCUCUAAAGUAAACUGUAUCUUCAACAUGGAUAACAACUCCCCGAAAUAAACAGUGGUAUCAGCAUAUUUGCUCAAAAUAUCUUGGUUAAGAUGGUGAUGGCAAGUUAAGUUCAGGUGAGAAACAAUGUAGAAGUUUCUGUGAGAGUUGUUUCCCUUUAUAGGCAAGAACAGUGUGUAUAAACACUUGAUACAUUUAAAGUGUUUGACUUUAUUAAGUGAAUCAUUUUCAUGUCAAGAUGAUUAACAGUCAACUGGCUUGCUCGUGAAAAUAUCAAAUAAACGAUGGUGCUCGUCAUGUUUCUGGACUAAAAAUGAAUGUUCAUGAAUGUGGACUGGCAAUCGGAGUCCAACAGGAUUAGAAAAUUUUAAAGCAAGAAAUAAGAUAAUAGAACAUUGUUAUUCUGUUGUAUUGUGCUGAUUUUUUUUUUUUAUCAAAGAUUUAUUUUUACACUAUUGUAGAUCAAUAAAUUUACCUUUUAUUGCCA